AUGAACAUUGCAAACAAGCCGGUUAAGUCCUCGAAAGCGGUUCGAGUAGCUGGAUUCGACUUCCCGUUGACAUGCGAGGAAGACGUCGAUCGUCUGGAGCUGAUGGUCAACCGAAAUCCGUUCAUCAAAAGUCAAUACAUCAAAUAUUUGACCAUCCACAAGCCCCGCAACGUGGAUGUUGGGCAGAUUUUCAACCGCUUCUUCGACGACGAGGCAAUGGCUAAUUUCACCUGGACUGGCAGCGAUUCGACGACCGCAGCGAAAAAAGCUAUGAAGGAUUACGCCAUUUUCACUGGGUGCAUGUUGGGUGAGACUUUUCGAUGCAAAACGCAAUCUAGUACUACUUUACAUUUUUCUUUUGCAGAGGCCUGGAGUGAUCAAGGAGUCACAGACGAUUUGCUGGUGGAAUCACUGAAGAAGGCGUUGCUGCUGAUAUCGAGACGACGUUAUGUGAAAAACUACAACCAACGAAAGCGACUUCAGCUGAAAGGCGCUGAGACUUGAUAAAUUUAGAUUUUUUGUUAAUGAAGUUUUUUAAACAAUAUUUAGGUUUUCUGUUGUUUUAUUUUCUGUUUCAUUCUAGUACUACACCUCUCUUGCGAUAACUUUGUAAACUAAUGUAAUUUUCCAAUUUCACCAACAGAGGAGCUCGUCCCGAUGCGGGGAAAUGUCCACUUUGCCCAGUUGGCCCGCAAGCGCAGGCUGAUGUUCGUGCGGGGCUUCCGCUUCGACAAAGCGGCUCGCCACGGAAAACGGGUAAGCUGGCGCUGCUGGCGGCACGCCCAGCUGGGCUGCCAGGUGCGUGCCACGACAGAUGGAAACGGGAGAACAGUUCGCGUGAGGCACCAGCACAAUCACCCCAAGGAUGGCUCGGUUAUGGUGGAAUUGCAUUCUACACCACCAACCAUUCCAUUUUGAUAGAAUUUACAAAAGAUAUAAAGUAUUCGGUAGUUUAUACAAUGUGAUCUAUAUUGAGUAUGGAUGCCAAAACCAAACUUUAUGCUAGGUGCAAUCUUAACAGAGAAAAACUACUAUUUAUCAAAUUUAUAUCAACUUUAAGCAAAAAUCGAUAUUCAAAAGGAUAACAAAAAUGUCCUAUGGAUUGCUACUAUUAUAAAACCUCAAAUAAAUUGGAUUUGCGUUAUAUUAUCUAAAAUUUAAAACGAAGUUGAUUUUUUACUACAUUUGGAUUCACAUCCCUCUUUUUGCCGUUAUUAUUUUCUUUUGGAUAAAAAAAAAGCGCAAAUCGUUUUUUGGUAGUUUAACAAAAUGUAUAUGUUUAUUUUUAUUCUAGUACUGCAUUUUCGCCCGUAUUUUUUUUUUUUGUUUGAGCCGUCGAUACCGAAAUACAACUACACUGUAACUGAAAAUCGCACUUUGCUGAGUUCGUUUUCGCACCUCCCCAUACGAAUUUUUCAGUUCAACUACGAUUGCACUGUUUUGUGUAACGUGCUAUAGCACGAAAAAGUUUGAUCAAAAGUAACGCGAAUCUGGGCGCGGUUUUAACCCUAUGUGCUCAUAUGUGUGUGAGAUAGCAAAUGAUCUCAAAUCCCUAAAUAGAAGAAAAGGAAGCAGCAGCGAGUGACAUAAAAGACUCAACAUAGGAUUUGUAUGAGCGCCUUGAGGUGAUGUAAUGAGAGAAACGGAUGGGCAUACACGGAAGUCGAGUAAGAUUUAAGGAUACUCUCAAGCACUGGAAUAGAAUUAUCGAAAGAUAUCUGCUCGUAAACCUUCCAUACUACAAAUAAUGUGUAUGGGCAAGAGGUGGGCCAUCCAAGGAAAAAAAAAAAAAAAAAAAAAAAAAAAAAAAAAAAGGAAAAA